UUUAUUAGUUAUUGUUCUUUUUUGGGCUUUCCACAAUCUUACUCUUUCCCUUUCCCUUUCCCUUGUUCAUCAACACAUCUGGGUCCCCAGUCUUUCAUUUUUUUCUUUCGUGUCCGCCUUCCCACUCGGAAGAGUUUCCUGCCGCCUGUGCCGAUCGACCCGUUGUUGCAUGAUCCCGCGCCGACCUUUAGAUUUGCUGCAGCAUCCCGCAUAAUCAUCUCGCGCCAUUGAGCGGAGGGCGCUGUGUGAGAGAUAGAAAGCAAGAAGGAACAGAUAUGGCCCUCUCCAAGUCCAACAGGAUUAUUAUCCUGUUGAUCAUCGACUCGGUCUUUUUCCUGCUGGAAUUGAUCGUUGGUUAUGCCGUCCAUUCACUCGCUCUCGUUGCAGACUCGUUUCAUAUGCUCAACGAUGUCCUCUCCCUGGUCGUCGGACUGUGGGCCGUCAAGGUCGCGAACCAAGAAUCGAAUUCGAAAACAUACACCUACGGCUGGCAACGAGCCGAAACCCUUGGUGCCUUAGUCAACGGUGUCUUUCUGGUGGCGCUUUGCAUGUCGAUUUUCCUUGAAGCUAUUCAACGACUCGUCGAGCCACAGGAGGUGAAGAACCCAAAACUAGUCAUGAUUGUCGGCUGUUUCGGUCUGUUGUCAAACAUUCUCGGUCUCCUCCUUUUCCACGAACACUCCCACGGACACGGACAUGGCGUCGAAAGCGAUCUGGAGGUCGGCCACGAGGAAGAAGAGAGUUAUGAACAGAGCACCCAGAAGAUGGCCGACGAGAGGAACACAGUUGCUAGCAUAAUGCCUGAGAAUAUAGUCGGCAUUCGUCGACAGGAUGAGCCAGAUGUCGGUGAACGCCCACAGAUAGUCGGAACGGGCCACGUCGAUGAUGGUGUACCAGGAUCCCCGUCGACACCGCGCAGAAACCGAGAGCAGGAUAUCAUUCACCGCCGUUCUCGUGGUUAUAGCGGCUCCAAAUCACGCGUAUUUGGCAGCUUAGAUAAUAUCCGCGUCUAUCCAGCAGACCGGUACCAGAAUAUCAUCACUGCCGGACAGCAACAGCUUGACGAUACUGAGUCCACCACCGAAUCUGAGGAUGCUGGCCAAGAUGAAGCACUUGUUGAUGAGCGCACGACAUUGUUAGGAAAGAAGGAUCGUGCGGCGCUGAGCUAUACCAACGGACAUGGCACGUCCAAAGCAGCCGAACACGAUGAACAUCGACUUCAUAAUCACGCCAAACCUAAGACUGGAGGGAAGGCCCACGGUGGACAUGCACACGGCGACCUAAACAUGCGUGGUGUCUUCCUGCAUGUCAUAGGAGAUGCGUUAGGAAAUAUUGGUGUUAUUGCGUCCGCAUUAAUUAUCUGGCUCACCGACUACUCCUGGCGAUUCUACGUCGACCCUGGAAUUUCCCUCAUCAUCACAAUCAUCAUCCUCUGUUCAGCAAUUCCACUCUGCAAAGCCGCCUCUAGAAUCCUUUUACAAGCUGUACCCGCCGGAAUGAGCAUCGACCAUAUCCAAGAAGACAUCAACAGCAUCCGGGGCGUCAUCAGCUCACACCACCUGCACGUCUGGCAACUGAGCGAUACCAAGCUCGUAGCCUCCAUCCAUGUCCAAGUCGGCAGCGAGAUCAAAGAUGAGGGAUCAGACAGCUACAUGAAGCUCGCCAAGGAAAUUCGUCAGUGUCUGCACGCCUACGGCAUCCACUCAUCUACCGUCCAACCGGAGUUUGUCACCAGCGACCUCGAAUUCUUCGGCCCACAAUCUUCGCCUUCCAACUCCAACCCCAACGGUGCCAGCGACUUUGCGCAUGUCUCCAGCAGUGCUAGUAGUGUUCGGGAAGGCAGCGCUUGCCUGCUCGAAUGCGGUGACGAGUGUCCCGGUAAACAGUGCUGUCCUAAGAAAUAAGGACGAGCAUACAUCCUAUUUAUACCAUUAUUACUAUCCAUACAUACCCCUAUUGUAAUAAAAAGUCGAUGACGGCUGAUGAGUCGGAAAAUAAGCGGCAUUGAUUACUGUAGAUGUAUUUAUUGUCUUUCCUUUAUUGUUCUGUCGGUCUUCCAUUGAAUGUUUUUGUACUUUUGCGGCGGCUGGUCUUGGUAUAGGUUUAUGGUCGGCGUUAUUGGUAGAAUUAAUUCAAUUAUGCUGUUUUCUCGGCUGUCUCGCAGGAAUAAAUUUCUGAACAUUGAGAUUUUGUCAUUAGAAUAUAUGAGGAUCUAUUCUAGAGGAGUUCACUAUGCUCUAUGGAAUGACGAUUCGGGACGAAAUCGAAUUUUGACGUGGUGUAUAUCUAGGAUAAAUGUCGUGUUUUG